AUGACAUCCCACGAAACCGAUCCUACCAGAGAGUACGGCUUCAACGCCAAUCAAGGCGUGAACUGGUCUGACUACCUCACCUUCCGACCAAUCUACCCACCAUCCUUCUUCGAAAAAGUCUUCACCUAUCACUCCCAAAAGCCCCACUCCACCUGGUCCCUCGCCCAAGACAUCGGCGCCGGCUGUGGAGUCAUCUCGUCAAGUCUAGCCCCCCGCUUCAACACGGUGAUCGUUUCAGACCCCAAUGACGGGUACACCGCGCUGGCUCGUAGACUCCUUGUCGAGGAAUCCCGUCUGCCCGAAUCUAAAUUCCGAUUCCUGCAAGAAAGUGCCGAAAGAAGCUCUGUGGAAUCGGGCUCGGUCGACUUGAUCAUGGCAUGUGAGUGCAUCCACUGGACGAGACCGGAGACUGCGAUUGCAGAGUUUGCGCGGGAGUUACGCGCGGGCGGGACGCUUGUUAUCACGCACUAUAAUUACCCGCGCAUUGUUGGGAAUGAGAGGGCUCAGAGGGCUUGGAUGGCCUUAUGUGCGUUUUAUGCGGGCAAGGUUCAUGAUCCAAUGCUUGAUCACGCGUUGAGGAUUCUGAACUCUGGGACUGAGGCUCUCGGGUUCCCCGGGGAGGAUUGGAAGGAGGUUAAACGGUUGUAUGUUAAUGCGCGGGGGAGCAUGGACGCAUUUCGGAUCAAUGAUCGAAUUGGUGAAAGUCAGGUUAGGGAUGGGGAGCAUAUUGUUUGGGAGGAGGAGGAUGCGGAUUGGAUGGAUGAGCAGGACUAUGGCUGGUUUAAGGGUUAUGCAUCUACCUGGACAACCCCAAAGGUGUCCGAGUCGGACAUAAAUCCGCUUUGGGAUGAGAUGGAAAGGGCUUUGGAGGGGAAGAAAGUGAAGACUGCUACGCCGCUUGCUAUGGUCUUUGCUACGAAGAGACAUGGUUGA